AUGCUACAGUUCUUUCCUAUCCGUCAACGCUUCCUUAAACUUUGCUUUUCUGCCAUCCUACAUUCCGCCAUAUUUUUUUUGGAUAAUUUUUUUUUUCUUUUUAUCUUUCCUUUUUUUUUUUUCUUUCUUUUCUUUUUUUUGUUUCUUUCCUUUCUUUUCUUUUUUUUCUUUCUUUUUUCUCUUUUUUUCUUUUUCAUUUUCCGUUAUCUCUUUUUGUUACUUUUUUUUGCUUUUUUUUUUUUUAUUUUUUAUUUUCAUGAACCUUUUUCAGACAUUCUUUUGAAUUUCUUUUAUUUUUUCAAAUUCUUCUUUCUUUCUUUCUUCCUUCCUUCCUUCCUUCCUUCCUUCCUUCCUCCCUCUCUUUAUUUAUUUCUCCUUACUGUCGUUAUUUUUUAUUUAUAUGCCUUGCUAUCUUCUGUCAAACGUCAUUUCUUCUUUCUGUCUUUCUUUCUAUUGUCUUUCCUUCUUUCUUUUUCCUUUCCCGAAUAUUCUUUUUAUUUUCUAUUUAAAUUUAUUUGUUCUUUCUUUCAUUCUUCAUUUCUUUCUUGCUUUCUUUCUUUGCCUUGCUAUCUUCUAUCCAAAGUUACUGUUCUUUCUUUCUUUCUUUUCCAUUGUCUUUCUUUAUCUUGUUAUUUUCUAUUUACAUUGAUUUGCUCUUUCUUUCUUUCGUUCGUUCUUUAUUUAUUUAUUUAUUCUACCUAG